AGAUAUGAUGCCAGCAGUCUAGUGAAAUUACUGGAGAAAGACCAGUAAAGAGAUGGAGGAUACCAUCACAUGUUCAGACAAUAAGGAUGAUGAAGCUGAUGUUGCCCUGAGUUUGUUUGAUUUGCCGUGGGAGGAUGUACUCUUCAGAAACGUGUUGCCAUUUCUUCCCCUUCCUACACUCUUCAAAUUCAGAACUGUUUGCAAGACUGCAAAGGAACUCAUCACAAAUUAUUUCUCACAGACAAAGUCCCUAAACCUGUGCCAAGUUGCUUUUCGUAUGACCUCAAGUGCAUUCCACAUAAUGACAGACAACAAUUUUAGCCUGGAAAUGAUUGUAAUGAGGAAUGCAAAGGACUGGCUCUCCAACGAACUUUUCCUGCCUCUCAUCAACAAUUCUCAGAGACUUAUCAAGGUGGACCUAACAAACUGUCAGACGGUAAACAAUGUGUGUUUACAGGCCCUUUCGGGUACCUGUAAGAACCUGAAGGAGUUGUACCUACGGGACUGCCACUGGGUUAGUGUGGAGGGCGUCAAGGCAGUGUCCCUCAACUGUAAAAACCUUGAGAAACUUGACCUGACCGGUUGCUGGGAAGUCAACGACAACGCUUUGGUUGUUAUAGCAAUCUAUUCGCAAAAGUUGAAGUACCUGUCUGUUGCCAAGAUCUAUGGUUUGACUGAUCAUGCUAUCAGUUCAUUAGCCAAAUCCAGCAAGUCAUUGGCACACCUUAAUGUACAGGGAUGUUGGAGACUAUCGGAUGACUCAAUCAGAGACCUUGCAGAGUACAGUCGGACUUUGAAAGUGCUACAAGUACGAGAAUGUCGUGAUAUCACAGAGUGCAGUUUGGCACGUUUACGUAUUCAGCAGGUUAAACUGGAUGUUCGACCUCCGCCUCAUCUCCGCAACUUGAAUCCAAACCUCAAUGUUCAAAUAUGAAGUUUUGGUACAACCAUGUCAUCAACUUCGCAGUCCAUUGGUCAAAAUCUUGGAAGCUCCUCCUCCGAGUCACUGGUCUCAGAACUCUCCAGGAGGUCCGCACUGAUCAAGCGACAUUUCUUCCUUACUAACACCCUUGGAUUAGUGGGAGAUAGCUCUGGUCCCAUAACAUCAUCCUCAUUAUCAGGGUCUGAAGAACAUGAAACAGUGCCUGUCUCUGCAACAAGAUGGGUCAUGAGAAUUUUAGAAUUUUCAAAAUUACUCAGUAACCAUUGAUGCUAUAAACUCUAGAAUGUUUAAAUCAAUUUUAGAAUGUAUAAUGAAAUUUUGAAGUCUGGCCAAUAUCACCACCCUACCAAUAACAGACUGUCAACCGAUUCCUAUAUUUUCCUAUAUUUUGGUUCAAAAACCAAUAUUUUGGAAAGACCACCUUUCUUUCCUAUAUUUUCCUAUUUUUUGAAAAAUAUUCCUAUAUCUUUCAGGAAAUUUGUCACCGAGAAAUGUAGAGAUUGUAAAUAUUUUUUUUUAUACUGCUUUUGGCUUCUUUAACAGCAUCACCAGCCACCAGAAAAUGAUUCAGUGCAUCUCUUUAUCACCUGUAUGUGCACCUUGCAAGGCAGUACAUGAUAUUGGCCUUUUAGGUGCCCAUUUGGAUGACGAUGAUGAGCUAUGCAGCAGCUCUCUGCCUGGAUUGUGAUGCUGUUGAAGUGAAUGGUUACUUUAAGGUAGUUUUUAAUCAUUGAUUAAUAUAGAAACAGUAAGUGAUGGUAAGAAUUCUUAGUAUAAAUGCCUUUGAAUGAAACGAUAUACGUUUGGAAAACUCCUAUAUUUUGCCUCAAAACUAGUAAAAAAGUCUGAUAUUUGUUGAAAAAAUAUUCCUAUAUUCCUCCUAUAUUUUGAAGACGACUUGGUUGACAGCCUGCAAUAACCAAUUAUAUGCACAAGAUUGUAAGAACUGAUCUCUACUUUAUUUGUAAUUAAACAAAUAACAUCAAAGAGAAGGAGCCAACGUCAGGUAUGAGUAAGUGGGUAUUAGGUGGGUACUUCGCUGUGAGUAUGGAUACCAGAGGGUAUGCAGGGCGAUUAAACAAAAACUAAGAAGUAUGUAUGAAGAGGGUAUUAAUCACAACAUACUCACGCGUUACCAAUAAGAGAGUGUUGACUUUAUUCGUCGACUAGUUUCGCCUCUGUGGCAGAGGCUUCUUCAGGACAAAUAUUAUACAAAUUUUAUCCCUGAAGUACCUUCAGGGAGGAAAACUUUUAUCUGUGACGUAAUGGACAAUUAACCGUUAUCUUGCAUAUCUGUAAGUUUAGCACAGUUCAUAUAUA